AUGGAUUCAACUUCUUCGUCAUUCCCAAUUGCGAGUAGCGAUGCUUUGAUUUCGACGGCAGUGGUGGUAUCGGAGGACGAUGGUUCUCUGUCAAUCGCCUCUGGGCUUGCUAAGGAGGCCGGCAUGCUCUUCCAAGCGGGGAAGUAUGUGGAUUGUCUGAGAGUCUUAAAUCAGCUCUUGCAGAGGAAAGAUGAUGACCCAAAGGUUCUUCAUAACAUUGCAAUUGUGGAGAAUAUUCAAGAUGGCUAUUCAAAUCCUAGGAGGCUUAUUAAAGCACUUGAAAAUGUCAAGAAACGAAGUGAAGAGCUUGCCUGUGCAUCUAGAGAACAUGUAGAGGUUCUCGGCAACGAUGGAAGCAAAAUUACAGCUGGAGUGGAAGGCAGUAAUGGUAUGGUGCAUCAAUUUUCUAGUUCACCAGUUGGUUACAGCGAUGAGUUCGACAGUUCAGUGGCUACGUUCAACAUAGCAGUUAUCUGGUUCCAUCUUCAUGACUAUGCAAAAUCGUUCUCAUUUUUGGAAGCUUUAUAUCAGAACAUUGAACCUAUUGAUGAGGGUACAGCUCUGCGUAUUUGCCUCUUGUUGCUGGAUGUUUCAUUACUUUCCUACCAUGCAUCCAGAUCUGCUGAUGUCAUAAGUUACAUGGAGAAGGCAUUUGGUGUUAAUAGCAUCAGUCAAGUGGAUGAUGGAAACUCAGCACAGCAACAACCUGCAAUAGUGUCUAUAUCUACUUCAGUUCCCAGCAAAUCAACUAUUCCUGACGGCUCUGAUUAUGAUUCAAUUACUACUGCAAAUACCUUAGUAAAUUCUUUGCCAGCUUUAUCAGAGGAAGUACUUGAAGAUGAAUCGCUACAGCUAUUAUCUUCUCUGGGCAUCAGCGAACAGAGCCAUGAAAGACGUUCUGGCCUCCCAUCUUCAAAUGAUCUUCUGAGGACCCAAGCUGAAGAGUCCAUAUCAGCCGCUGAUCUAAAGCUUAAGCUGCAUCUGUUCAAGGUUCGUUUUUUGCUCCUCACCAGGAACCUUAAGGCAGCCAAGCGGGAAGUCAAAAUGGCUAUGAAUGUGGCUCGUGGAAAAGAUUAUCCCACGGUUCUCUAUCUGAAGUCACAGCUGGAAUAUGCUCGUGGGAACCAUUGCAAAGCAAUUAAGCUUUUGAUGGCAUCAAGUAACCAUGCAGAGACUGGUAUUUCUAGCAUGUACUACAACAAUCUUGGAUGCAUCUAUUACCAACUUGGAAAAUAUCACACUUCUGGAGUAUUCUUUUCCAAAGCCCUAAAUAGCAGCUCGCUUUUACGGAAGGAAAAACCUCUGAAGCUCAUGUCUUUAUCACAGGAUAAAUCCCUCUUGAUAACCUAUAAUUGUGGAGUGCAUCACUUGGCCUGUGGAAGACCUUUCCAUGCUGUUCGCUGUUUCCGUCAGGCCAGUCUAAUCUUUUACAAUAGACCUCUUUUGUGGUUACGAAUCGCCGAGUGCUGUCUCGUGGCGCUAGAGAAGGGACUAAUGAAGUCCAUUCCGUCCACAGCUGACAGAUCUGAUAUCAGAGUCAAUGUCAUUGGGAAGGGAAAAUGGAGGCAACUUGCAGUGAAAUAUUGCAAUUCUACAAAUGGCCAGCAGGAAUUUAUUGGGAAGGGAGGUCUUUUGUUAGGUGAUGGGAAGCAGCCUGAUCUCUCGAUGUCUCUUGCCUGGCAGUGUCUUGUCAAUGCUUUGUAUUUACUGGAAAUUUCUGAGGGAAAAUAUUCUGGAUCUGGUUUGACUACUGAAGAAAGUGAAUCAAGAGAAAAGCUAGCAUCUCCUGUAUCAUCUGGGUCAAGUCACGUUCUUGCAAAUGCUGAAGUGAAAGAACAAAAGAGUGGAAGUUGUCAUAUCGCAUCGCUGCAAAACUCUGUUCCUGGAUAUGAAGAUAUUUGUAUUAAUGAGAAUCAGAUGAUCAAGCAAGCCGUACUUGCUGAUUUGGCUUAUGUGGAACUGGCAAUAAGAAAUCCCUUGAAGGCCCUGGCGACAGCAAAAUCUCUUCUAAAACUUCCCAAGUGCUCAAGAAUAUACAAUUUCUUGGGCAACAUGUAUGCUACCGAGGCUUUAUGCCUGUUAAAUCGGCCAAUGGAAGCUGCUGAUGUUUUGAUGACGUAUGUGUCUUGUGGGAACAAUGUGGAGUUUCCGUACAGCCAAGAGGAUUGUGAAAAGUGGAAGGUGGAAAAAGCGGUGGAUUGUGAGGAGUCGAAUGGUGGGUCAGCGGCUCCUAAUGUUGCUGCUUCACCAAUUGAAUUCCAAGGAUCUGAGUUCCUCAGGCCUGAAGAGGCUCGAGGAACUUUUUGUGCAAACUAUGCUGCCAACUGUGCAUUGCUCGGAGAUCUUGAGAGGGCCGACCAUUUCGUGACAAGAGCAUUAUCUGAGGUACCUAAUAGUAUACCAGCUAUUCUUACUGCAAUUUAUCUGGAUCUCAAGCGUGGGAAGACACCCGAAGCUAUUGCCAAGUUGAAACAAUAUUCUGGCGUCAGGUUUGUCCUGUGCAGGUGA